AUGGCCGUCGCCUCCAGAGGAACGACACUCGGUGGCCCGCACCCGAACCCUAACGAUGACGGCCCCAGGUUCCGAUCACUGGCGGGGAAAGGGAAGCCCGUCCCUCUAGCCGACAUCACCAGCACCAGGCGGCCCAACCCCACCAGAUCCAUCAGCGUCGCCAACGUUGUCAAGGAGAACGCCAAGUUGCAUCAUCUGCUCAGCGAGAAGACAAAGAUCAUCGAGGUCAGUAGAGUUGAGAUGCACAAGCUCUGCCUCGCGCUGAAAGCAUCACACCAGCAGAACCUGCAGCUCACACAGACCAAUUCUCAGAUGCUCGCGGAACUAAAUCUGGGGAAAGAUAGAGUAAGCUGUCCUGUUUCUUUUGUGUUUGAGUUUCUUCGAUUGUCAGUACUCAGUAUGGAUUGUUAAUUUGGGAACUAUUUGCGGAUAUAAUGUGCAUCUCAAGGUAUUGCAAUAUGAGCUGUCAUGUACAGUAGCAGUGCUUAAGUAAAGGAUUUAGAACUCGAGGCAAGCAAGAGCAUGGCUUAACUCAGCUUCUUUUUAUUAUAGAUGCCAUGAUUUUUUUACUCAUAUUACGUUUUGCAGCGUAAGAAUAAGACUGCUAAUCAACGGCGGAAGAAAGUAAAUUCAUAGGUAGAUAGCAAAUUUGUAAGUAAAAUGGUCACCAUGGUAAUAUACAACUAUUAUAAUUAUGAGAUUGUUUGAUUUCUAUAAUGAAAUUAGGAGGUCAUGAAAGCCAUAACUUCCAAAGUUGCAGCAGUUGAGGCUCAUCGAAUUGAUGGUUCAGUCACCAGUGCCGUUGAACACCAUUUUGUUGAAUCUCAAUGUAAAGCUAACAC